CAGACACACAUACCAUACUGCACUUUUCACAACUCACAGCUCCCGUACAAGGAUCACACACUCCUUGGAGGACCUUUCUUUCUUUCUCUCACGUGACUUCUAAUGGAAUUUUGAAGGUUUUAACUUCUCUUCUAAUAUUUUUGGAAAUUACAUUAGCUGGCAACAAGGUGAGAUGGAAGAGCUUUGACUUGCAUUAGCCUGGAGUUACAUUAUGGUUCUGGGCCAACCUGUCAACAUGAGUUUGAUGGACAUUUCUAAGAUCUUUUCCCUGCUGCAGCCUAAGGAGGAGGACGAGGACAACGAGCAGUGUCAGGCCUUGAACAAUGCCGUGAGCACCGACGAUGUGACUCUGCUCUCCGAGCUCCUGUCUCAGGAGAGUUACAGGAGGUCUAUCAAUGCUCGAAGUGGGUGGGGGGUCCCAGUAACCCCCUUGCGCACUGCUGCUGCUCUGGGACACCUGAGGUGCCUGGAGCUACUGUUGGAGCAUGGUGCAGAGGUUGACAGCCUGGAUGUGAAGGCCCAGACGCCUCUGUUCACAGCUGUCAGUGGGAAACAUCUGGAUUGUGUGGUUGCUCUGCUGAAGGCUGGAGCCGAUCCCAACGGCAGCCAGUACAACAACUGUUCUCCGGUGCUGACUGCCGCACGGGAGGGUGACGUGGAUGUCCUCAGGGAGCUGCUACGGUUUGGAGCCGAGGUGGACGUCAGACCCAAAGUACCCGAGUGGGCCUCCAAUGCCACGGCCUGCAGAGGGCCCCUUUACAUCUCAGCUGUUUACGGACACUUGGACUGCUUUAAACUGCUCCUUCUGCACGGGGCCAACCCCAACUACAACUGCACAGAUGAGAAGAUGCUGGCCAGGAUAAAGCAGCCAAAGACAGUUCUGGAGGUGUGUCUCCGUUAUGGCUGUGGGGUGGAGUACAUCCAGCUUCUCAUAGACUUUGGGGCAGACGUGUAUCUACCUACCCUGAUCAUUGACAAGACCACAAAGCAGAAUGAGGCUCUGGUUCUCCUGCUCAAAGAGAGAGUUUGUCCUAAAACUCUGAUGUCUCAGACUCGGCUGGCAAUUCGAAGACACAUCUCCUUUGCUGAUAAAGAGCCUGUCAUUGACAGUUUGGACAUUCCUCUGAUCCUGAGAAACUACCUGAAACAUGAAACCUCCGAACUCAUAUGAUGCUCAUGCAAGCACCAAGAGAUAUGGCCAGUGAAUUUUAUUUUUACCUCGUUGCUGUACACUGGAUAAUUUAUUUCUAGCUUGGCCACAUUUUUCCACAAGUAGGACAAGAUAAAGGACACUCACACAACCAAUCACAAAGUGAACACUGUGUAAUAUUUUUCUCUGGUUCCUUUAGAGGUCACCGUGCUGUCCCAGUGCUGUAAAUUCUUGUAUUUAUUAUUUAUACAUGAGGAUUGAAGUUUGGGACUUCCUGUAGAUGUAUUUAUUAAAUAGCUUACAUUUUUAAUGGAUAUUUUUUAGCUAUGCAAAUCAGAUAGAACUGUCUUUUACAGCCACAAAGAGAUGAUCAUCCCAAAGGGCUCCGUUUUGGAAUAUCUGCCGUGUCCUUGGGAAGUGUAACACCAUGGUUGACCACUAGAGACCACAGUUACACUGCAUAUUGCUCUUGUCUAAACACGAGGCUUCUCAUUGGCAAUUUUCAUGAUCUAUUGAUGCCUCUUUGCGUAACUUUCAGCUCUGUCCUUUUUACAGGUAUCUUUACACAAUCAAAUUGAGUCUCACUUUAGUUAUUUAGACAUCUGGACACAAUUGGAGAAACACACACACACACACACACAUACACUGCCUGCAUCACACCAGGAUGUCUUAGAUCUUGCCUGAAAAACAGUCUCACAUCUGUGGACUUCAAAAUGUUAGGAAGCUGAGCGAUCAGCCAACACUUCAGCACAGGCAACUGGGGGAGUAUAUUUGCAUAAGUCUCAUUACUUAUUGAUUACAGCAUAGUUAUUUGUGGGCUACAAUUUGUGGCUGGAAGUUUGUUGAAUGUUUUUCUUUCUUUUGUGGAUUCUGAAUACCAGUCUGAUGAUGUUCUUAUCUAAUCUCAUGUUUUUAUUUCUAAGUACGGCCUUUUAUUUGUAAUAUGUCCGGGAGUUAAUGUGUCAGCUGUUGGGAAUGGGGCCUAACAAACAGGAAAUUAUGUCACAGGACAGGAAACCCAGCAC